AGCUUUUAUUUUGAAGGCUGACGCUGCGCGGCUCCGUGGACUCUUCCGUGUUUCGGUCGGAGGUUUCUUCUGUGAGCCUCUGAGGCUCCAACGCUCCUGAAAGUCUGGAAUAACUGUCUGUCAGGUGAAGAAUGCUGUCUGCUGUGAGAGCCGCCAGAAGGUCCCUCAGAUACUUCAGAAGCAUCUCUAACUCUGCAAUGGACAAAGGAUACCAGCAGGCAAAUGUGGUCGUCCUGCCCAAUCAUCUAGCAGACGACUUUGAAGCCUUCUGUCGCAGUAAUCCUGCCCCCUUACCGCUCCUUUAUCGCAGCCGAUCAGGAGAGACUUCCUGUCCACCUCUGGCUAAACAUGCUGACAUAAGGACGGAUAUCUCUCAGUACUGUGUGUAUGAGGAGGGUCACCUGGUGGAAACUGUGUCCAGUCUGCAGAGUUAUGGAGGUCAACCAAGCGCUGCAUCAGGUCCGUGGUCAGACAUGGUGUGUUUCUAUCUGGGCUGCAGUUUUGGCUUCGAAGGCAAACUGAAGAAAGCUGGAGUCCCUGUCAGGAAUGUGGAGCAAGGCAGAAACGUCAGCAUGUACAGGACUGCAGUCCGUUGUUUUCCUGCAGGAAAGUUCAGCUGCCCUCUAGUGGUCACGAUGCGUCCUAUUCCAGCUGCUCUGCUGGAUGCAGCAGUGGAGGUCACUCAUCUCAACCCACUGGCACAUGGAGCUCCUGUCCACAUAGGAGACCCAGCUUUUCUGGGCAUACAGGACCUGUCUAGACCACACUAUGGAGAGCAGGUAGAGCUGCAGCCUGGUGAUGUCCCAGUGUUCUGGGCCUGUGGAGUGACUGCUAUAGAGGCAAUACUCAGCAGCAAGCCUCCUCUGGCAUUCAGUCACUCUCCAGGUUGUAUGUUCCUGACUGACAUCCCAGACGCUCCUUCCUCUCCCCUAACUCCCCCUUCUGACAGUCUGCAGCCUCAACACACCAAACCUCAUCCUGAGCAGACCCCACUCUGCUUCCAGGUAUCCCACAAUCCCUUGUUGUACAGCCUGGCAUCUCAGGCAGCAGUGGCAAAGAUCAGACAGUUGGAGACGGUUAUUGGAGAGGACCCAGGUGAACGAGGGAUCAGAGCUUUAUUUGUUCAGGAUGAACUUCUGCGCUCCUGUCUGGCUCUCUCACACGCCUCCUCUGUUGCCAUAACAACCGGUUUCCCUACACACUACAUGCACAGCCCUCCGGAUGAGACGGAUGGACCGCCUGGAGCCAUCGCCAUGGCGACCAUGCUGCUGUCUCUGGGUAAAAAGGUGACGAUGCUGACGGACAGGAGAGCCGUGGAGAUGAACCAGGCCAUCAUCGAUGAAGCAGUGAGGAACGGAGUGCUGAAAGCUGCAAUCCCAUUGGUCACUUUUGAGGAUAGCGGUCCAGACUCUGCGCUGCAUUUCUUGUGUCACCAUGGAGACGCUAGCAAGCCCAGGUACGACCACCUGGUGGCGAUAGAGCGCAGUGGACGGGCUUCAGAUGGAAAUUACUACAACAUGAGAGGAAUAAACAUCAAACAUCUGGUGGAUCCAAUUGAUAACCUGUUUAUUGCUGCCAAGGACAUCCCAGGAAUUACUACCACAGGAAUCGGUGAUGGUGGGAAUGAGCUGGGGAUGGGUAAAGUGAAGGACAAGGUCAUAAACCUGAUGCCCAAAGGGAGCCUGAUAGCCUGUGAUGUUCCGGCUGACUUUGCCAUUACUGCUGGGGUGUCUAACUGGGGAGGUUAUGCUGUGGCCUGUGGACUCUACCUGCUCCACACCUGCCCCUCACACCAGCGCUACCUGAAGAAAGGACUGGGACUGGAAGCAGUGACCCCCCAAGACCAGCUGCAGGACUGGACUGCUAACCUGCCGUCAGUGGACAAGGAGGAGUCUUUCCUUUCUACUCUGGUCAAGUUUGGAAUCCGGAGUGGGAAAACUGCUCACCUGGCCAUGGAGGUGGACGGCUUGACCUUUCACCCCACACACUCUGACAUCAUCACCAGACUGCUGGAAGCAACACAGCGCUCCACCACGCCUUGAUCAGCUCCUCCUGAACAUCAGGGUUUUAGAGACAUAGUUCAGUGAUUUAUCUGUCUGUGUAUUAAACCAGCUCAAUACCAAUCCGUGCGUUGACUGAAGCCAAUUAUAUGUGAAACCCUUUUAGAUUUCAGAGACAAAGUAAGAGAGAAACAAGGAGGGAAUGAAUGGAGAGCAGUGCCUGUGUGGUUUUAGAUGCAGCCUUAGUUACCUUUCAGUCCUCUUCCUCGACAACCACUGACAAAACAAAGAGGACUCCAGAAAAAACAGCACUCUUUCCUCUCCCUCCUCUGUCUCUCUGUCUCUUUACUGCCUUAAUAAUGAAUAAAUGAGAGCUCUGAUUCUGAUGUCUGACUGACAGUAACUAGCAGGUAAAUGAAGAAAUGUGACAAUAAUACAAUUUUUGCAAUGAUAAAACUGUUUUAUAUCAUAACCUCUGAAAGCAGUUUGAGGUUUAAUGACACAUUUUUGACAUUUAGAAGUUGACAGUUCUCAGAUAUGUUACAACUGCUGGUGAAAGCUGUAAAAAUCAUACGAGCCUAACAGAUUUAUUACUGUGGCAUUUUCACUGUUUUCAGGUGGGAACAUCUUUUGAGCUUUACCUUUUCAUAGGGACCACCCCUGGAGAACAUCUGUCAAGGCUGUUUUCAAUGCAUUCAAAAAAGUACCUACUUCAUGAGCAGCCCUGAAAAAAUGCUUUGUGGGCCGAAAUCAUUUAAGUCUGGGAGAAACAGACUGUUGCAAAAGAGUUUUAAUGUUAAUAGAUUCAUAAGAGGCUCAUUUCAAAAAAGAUUGUCAGAAACCAUCCAGUGGAGACCAUGAUAUCCUGAUUUAUAAUCUCAAAUAUGAGUCAACCUGCCAAACUGCAGAUCCGACAUUACCCAUCAUUCACUGUCUUUCUUUAGUAGAUGCUCACAGACUUACUUUCUUGCUUCUUUCAAACAUCACAAUGCCAGAUGGAAGCUCAGGCCUCAGUUUUAAUAUGUCUCUAGAUUAACCAGGUUACUUUCUUCCACUAACAGAUUCUACCGUGUUUCCCAGAGUUCUUUAGAUGAAAACUCGUCACUUGUGUUAGAUCUCAGUUACAGUUUCAGCAUUUCAGGAAGAGUGAAAGGCUUCAUUUACAUAAUACAAAUGAAUUAGUUCCUGAGGAUCAAGACUCUGAUGUGAGCCACACAGAGUUACUGAAUGUGUGAAGUGCUGCAGGUAAAACGGUGUAGAAUCACUGAAUCUAAAUGAACCACAUUUAUACAGAAUGCCCUACCGCUCAAAAGUUUGGAGUCACUUAGAAAUGUCCUUAUUUUUGAAAGAAAGUUUGUUUUUUCAAUGAAGAUAGCAUGAAAUGAAUGAUAAAUCCAGUGUAAACAUUGUUAAUGUGGUAAAUGACUAUUCUAGCUGUAAAUGGCUGAUUUUUAAUGGAAUAUCUCCAUAGGGGUACAGAGGAACAUUUCCAGCAACCAUCACUUCUGUGUUCUAAUGCUACAUUGUGUUAGCUAAUGGUGCUGAAAGGCUCAUUGAUGAUUAGAAAACCUUUGUGCAGUUAUGUUAGCACAUGGAUAAAAGUGGGAGUUUAAUGGAGAACAUGGAAUUAUCUGGAUGACCCAAACUUCUGAAUGGUAACGUACAUCCCUUAGCAUGUCUCUAGUGUGAGACCAAAUACUGGAAACAUCUAAAAUGUGUUCAUAAAGAGAAAACUAAUUUAUCACUUAUGGCUGCUUUUAAAGGAAUUUCCUCUUUACACAGACAAAAACACAUCUGAACAGAGUAAGAGAUUCUACAUUUUGGCAGUUUGAUUAUGACUGUGGAGGUCUUUGAGAUGCAACAAUAACACCAACAUCUAUGAUUCCAACUUCAAAUUUAUAUCAACACGAGCUUAAACUUCAUGCAUAAAUCUGAUCGUGACACUGAUUGGUUUUUACCACGUUCUUGUAGGACCUAGUAACUUUGUGUUUUACUUUACUACAGUAGGAAAGUUUAUCUCCAGAGAAAAAAACACUGUUUAGUGUAUAUGAGCUUUCAGAGGAUAGAUGGACAAUAAUAUAGCUAAACAGCUUUUUAUUUGACACUUAUUAAAACACAAUGCCUUUAAUGUAGCUAAUCCAAAUAAAUAUAUCUGAUAAAUGAGCAUUUAACGCUGUAUUAUUCCCAUUAGAAACUGUACUGGUGAGUAUAAAACAGUUAAAGUGUACAAGAAAUAAAAUAUUUUUAAAAAUUGAACAAUAAGAGCAUGUGAUCAAAUGUAAGUGGAAUGUGUCUACAAAGAACCUGAAUUGCUUAAUAAAGAAUAAAUGCUUA